AACGUCACACGCAAUUACUAAUCCAACCCUCCGCUUUACACCAGGAUCUGAUGGGCGCCUCUGUUCACGCUUUUGGGAAACUACUCCCGGCGACACCUGGUCAACGGCGCCGCUUCUUCGCGCAUGCGUAAUGAUCAGCCAAAAAUCCCAAAGCCGUCUCGCAUCAAAAGUAGCCGUGUUCCAAUCUGCCGGGGAGACACGGUCCGAGCAGCGCGGAGAGAGCAGGGAUUUAGACCCGAGGAGUUUCUGAGUCCCUCACCAUGCCGAGGUCCUUCCUGGUGAAGAGCAAACGGGCUCACAGCUAUCACCAGCCCCGCUGCCCGGACGAUGGCUGCGCCACACUGGACACCAUUCUGGCACAAGUGUGCGCAGCAGCGAGCAGAACUCAGGAGGAGUUCGCAUCCAAACUGGAACCGGAGGACAACCUGUGCGCCGGCGCGGGCAGAGAGUCCCCUGGAUCGAGCCGGCGGUCCCGGGGGUCCCUGUCCUCCUGCUCCCCGCUGAGCUGCGGGGGCAGCGUGUGCGAGCGAUCCUCCGACUGUGAUUUCUGGCGUCCGCCGUCUCCGUCCUCCUCACCAGACUCCGAGAAAUGCCCCCCACCCGCAGCGGAGGACACCGCCUUCAACAUCCAGCUCCUUCCUUACUCCUGGUCACCUUACUCCGGCUCAGAUCUGAGGCAUCUGGUUCAGGGGCCUCAUCAGCGCCAACGGCACCUCCGGGGCCACGGGGGGUCCCAGUCCCCCGCAUCGGGGAUCUACGGGGCUGAGCACGGCGGCGGCAGUGGGCGUGUUUACGCGCAGCGGGGCCUCGGCAGCGGGUGUUACCAGGAGUAUUCUCCGUGCGCGGCCCGCGGGAUCUACAGGAUGCGGGACGGGGGGGAGCUGUACGCGGAGGCCAAUCAGAAGGAGAUCAAAUCUGAGGAGGAUUUUCUGCACCCCAGCCUCGAGGAAAACGGAUCCUAUAAGUGCAUCAAAUGCUGCAAGGUUUUCUCCACGCCCCACGGCCUGGAGGUUCAUGUGCGGCGUUCACACAGCGGGACGCGGCCUUUUGAGUGCGGGAUCUGCGGCAAAACCUUCGGACACGCAGUGAGCCUGGAUCAACACCGGGCGGUCCAUUCACAGGAAAGGAGCUUUAGCUGUAAAAUCUGCGGGAAGAGCUUCAAGCGUUCCUCCACGCUCUCCACGCACCUGCUCAUCCACUCGGACACACGACCCUAUCCGUGCCAGUACUGCGGCAAGAGGUUCCACCAAAAGUCCGACAUGAAAAAGCACACUUUCAUCCACACAGGUGAGAAGCCGCACAAGUGCCAGGUGUGCGGGAAGGCGUUCAGUCAGAGCUCCAACCUGAUCACGCACAGCAGGAAGCACACGGGCUUCAAGCCCUUCGGCUGCGACCUGUGCGGGAAAGGUUUCCAAAGGAAAGUGGACCUGAGGAGGCACAAGGAGACGCAGCAUGGACUGAAAUGAGCAGAUUCCCAUAAAUCCUUUCACUGAGUGGCCCUUUCCCUGAGCAUUGGCCAGUAUUUUAGUUUUCCGCAUUGACCUGCUGUUUUUUUCUUGCUAUUUAACUAUUUAUAAUUUGUUUUUACAUUAUUAUAAGGAUCUAAAUGACCAAUUUCAAAGACUGAAUAUUUGUAUCAGCUUUAAGAUUUCAUUUGUUUUACAAACAGGA